UCUGACCAAUAGAAAUCGGCGUAGCAGAACUCUGACUGCCAAUCCGCUCGUUUCAUGCUGCUGUGCCCGCUAAGGUCUUUGCCGACUAGCUUACACUAGCUUUAGCUGUGCAGAAAAUUGAUAAAAACAGAAAUAUAUCUAGUAAAAUGUGUCUUUUGAGUUGUUGUGCGGUGUCUAACGCAAAGCAUGCUUUCUCAUUCGUCUAGCAGCAGGUAACAUUUACAAUUAUGGAGGCUUAAGAGAUCACACGUUUCUGGGGGGAAGGGGUGUUUCCCCUCAAACUGGAUGGACUGUUUGAAUGGAUUGUAUUUUGGAGGUUGCCAAAUUUGUUAUAUUUUGCACAAUAAGACACUAAACUACACCACAAAAGUAUUUUUGAUAAACGUAAUAUAUUUGUAAAAUAUUGUACAGAAAAGAAAGAGAUAAAUUUUUAUUAUUUUUUGAUGGAAUUAAUAGUUCUUCCAACACUGUGUAGCAUGUGUCACAUUGUUGAGAUGGUGGACUGAGGCUAGGUUUUCAUUCACCUUGGGGAUGCUAGGGUGCUGUGGAACAUCAACACAUGCACAAUUCUAGCACCCCAUAAUUCAGACAGAGGGUACUUUUUAUUUUACAUAACACUUUUUUGGCGAUUUCAAGCUUUCAUUCAGGGCUUGUGGCUUGACUCAUAAUUUUGGAAUUUAUUUAAGGUUGGGGUAAAGCAGUUGCUUGGGGCUGUGCUUAGGAUUUGUGUUAAAGGGUGUACGAUGAGUGUGAUGAUCCCAGAAUGUACUCCAAAAUGCCGCUCGUCACGCCACGCGGAGGAGAUUGUGGCUGCUCUCACGGGUGGCUCCGAAAGACAACUGAAGGCCUUCCUAUCUGUUUACUGCCACAAUGCUGCCUCUUUGAGGGACGAGUUCGGUCGUACAGCACUCCAUCUUGCUGCUUCGCUGGGGAAACGAGCCCUGCUUGAGUGGCUUUUGGACAGCAAGAGUGCAGACCUGCUUUUGAAAGACAAGGAGUCAGGCUGGACAGCUCUACACCGUAGUGCUUUUUAUGGGCAAAUUCAUUGUCUCAUUGCCCUCAUCAAGCAUGGUGGUUCACUAGCUGUUCCUGACAAAGAGGGCCUGUCUGUUCUGGAUCUUACUAUGAAGGACCGUCCAGCUCAUGUUGCCUUUCGAAACAGUGACCCUACUGAAGUAUACACCUGGGGUAACAAUACAAACUUUAGUCUUGGACAUGGAAAUCAGGAGAGUAGACACCAUCCUGAGAUUGUGGAUUUGUUUGCCAGAACUGGGGUCUAUAUUAAACAGGUGGUUGUGUGCAAAUUUCACUCAGUUUUCCUUUCUCAGAAGGGCCAGGUUUACACUUGUGGCCAUGGACAGGGAGGACGUCUUGGACAUGGGGAUGAACAGACAUAUUUGGUUCCUCGGGUAGUAGAGGGUCUCCUUUCUCAUCACUGCACCCAGGUUGCUGCAGCCAGAGAUCACACUGUGGUUUUGACUGAAGAGGGCUACGUGUACACUUUUGGGCUCAACACCUACCAUCAGCUGGGCCUAACACCACCUACUUCCAGCCAAGUACCCAAACAGGUGACUUCUAAGUGUUUAAAAGGAAGAAGCGUGAUUGGAGUCGCUGCUGCAAGGUUCCACACUGUUCUCUGGACCAGAGAUGCAGUUUACACUGUGGGACUGAAUGGAGGCCAGCUAGGUUACCUGCUGGACCCAAAUGGGGAAAAGUGCGUGACUGCACCCCGACAGGUGUCUGCUUUACACCACAAGGAUGUGACUAUCGCCAUGGCUGCUGCCAGUAAUGGGGCUACUGUGUGUUUGACAGAGAAGGGUGACAUUUAUUUGCUUGCUGACUACCAGUGCAAGAAGAUGGCCUCCAAGCAGCUGAAUUUUAAAAAGGUUCUUGUGAGUGGAGGCUGCUUGGACCAUCGUGUUGACCCUCAACUCCUAAAUGAAAGUGGGGGUGAGAAGAUAACCAUUCUAGCUCUGGAUGAAGCUGGAAGGGUGUUUUGCUGGCGCUCUGGUGGCACCUUUUUGAGGCAGUGUAGGUGGGCUUAUGGACGACAGGUCUUCAUGUCUGACAUUGCUCUUAGCAAGAGCAAAAUGUUAUUUGCUACACAGGAUGGUGAGGGCUUCAGUGGGCAGUGGCUAGAUCAGUACAAGAAGGGUACAGAGAAAAAAGAGAUAUGUGGGCAUUCUGAGAGUGGAGGUGCGUAUGAACGUAUUCGUCUGGAAAAGCUCCCAUACAUCCACCGAGCUGUCAGCAUCACCAUGGACUCCAAGGGUCGUAACUUUGGGGUGCUGCAAUCUGAUCCCAAAACCAGCAUAUAUGAAGUGCCCAGUGUUUCAGCCUCUUCAUUCACACAGCAUUUCAAGCAGAUUCUGGCUGAAGCCGAUGAGACGGACAACAUCCAUGAUGUGACUCUUCAGGCUGGUGAUCGUGUCUUUCCCGUUCACAAAUACAUCUUGUCAAUGCGUUCUGAAUUCUUCCGCAAGCUUUUACAGCCAGGAGUAGAACAAGGGGACAAAGUAGAUAUUGAGGUACAGAGGAGUGUGGAUGCUGUGGGCUGCGAUCUCCUGGUUUUGGAGAAAGUCGCUCCUGAGAUGCUGGAGCAGGCACUACAAUUCAUCUACACAGACUCAUGUGAGCUGCUGGUGCACGGUGCCAGACCAGCUAUCCCACGCCUCAGCAACCGCCCUGAUCAGGAGCAACAGCAGCAGCUAAUGCACAGCCUACAGGAGCUAAACCUUAACAGCCGCUCUGCUCUGGAGAUUUACCGCUCCCUGCCUGCUGCAGUUCACAGUAAGGUGGACAAGUCAAUGAGCAAAAAUGCCAAGUCUGGAAAGAAGGGCAAGGGUGGCAGUGCUAGCGAGCCUAACUACAAUCCAGUGAAGAUGUUGCAAGUAGUGGCCAAGAAGUUGGGCUUGGGUAGUCUUUCUGCAAGGCUUGAUGGAGUGAAGUAUGAAAAUGGGCAGAUUUGUGUUGUGCAAAAAAAGACUGGCAACAGACUAAGAUUCUCCCAAAAGAAGUGCCCCUACCUGUGUGACGUCACUCUAAGAUCUGAUGAUGGAAAGGACUUCCCUUGUCACAAAUGUGUUCUGUGUGCACGACUUGAGUAUUUUAACAGCAUGUUGGGGAAUCCUUGGAUAGAGUCCACCAGCUGUACUGCCCUGGAGAUGCCCACUAGUGCCAAAGUCUUGCAGGUCAUCUUGGAGUACAUCUACACAGAUGAGUCUCCCACGGUCAGAGAGUCUCUCAGCGUAGAAUUUAUGUGCAAUGUGCUGGUCGUGGCUGAUCAGCUGCUCAUUACUCGACUAAAGGAGAUGUGUGAGGUAAUCAUCACUGAAAAUCUGACUCUGAAGAACGCUGCAGAGCUGCUGGAGUUUGCCGUGAUGUACAGUGCUGAGCAGCUUAAACUUUCCUGCUUACAGUUUAUUGGGCUUAACAUGGCUGCUAUGCUGGAAUCCAAAGCCUUGGAGAUCUUAAGUGAUGAUGUGUUACUGGAGCUAUCUGAAGCUUACAGAAACAUGAUUCCAGCUAUGCAGAGGCGACACAUCACCCCCUACCCCAAUGCCCCUGAUCUGAGUGCCUACAAGGAUAUAAGUUUAGAUUCAUCCACCAUCUCUAAAACCAGCAAUGAGCAGGAACAGUCCUUCAAUGAUAGCCUGUUUAAGAAAGCCAAGAUGAAGGCUAAGAAGAAACCACGCCGUCGAUUAGACAGCUCAGGAGGGUACAACCUAUCUGAUAUCAUCCACAGCUCACCCACCGAUGCCAUCUCGCGCACGCCAUCUAUAGACUUGAUCGACUCGGGGAAGGCUUGUUCAGUAGAAUCUCUUCAUGAGCUAAUCACAUCUGAUUCUGAGGGCAGUUAUAUUGGAGUGGGCAGCCCUCGAGAUGUUCAGUCUCCAAUAUUUCAGGAAGAGAAGUCUGGUCUUGCUGGACGGAAGAUGUCUACCAGCACUCCAACCUCGAAAAAUGGAUCUCUGCCUGUUAGUUACUGCACAGAUGAACCAAUCCCUAAGGUUAAGCCAAGCCUCCCAGUUGCCAACAAUUCAUCUUGCCCGACACCUGUUCUGGACCUAAGAGCCAUUAUGGAAAUGGAGGCCAACUCUCUAAACCUUGGAGCUACUCCCAAAAGCCCUGGCUUGUCUGGGAGCAGCACUAAGCCAUCAGCCACCCCCACUAAACUGUCUCAGAAGCAGAGGAAGAUGAUGACCAUGGCCACCAAAGAGAGCAGUGUCGAUGGAGCAUUGGCUAAAUCACCUCCUAGUGUUGCACCUGUAAAACCUAUUAAAGGCUGGGCAUCAGCAGUGCAGUCUCCCCCCUCUUCACUUUCCUUUCGGGAUCUGUUAAUGGAGGAGGAGAAGCGUGAUAAAUCUUCCACAGCAGCUGUCAUGGGUGCUGGUAGUCCAGCAGGUACAGCGGCCUGUGCCAGACGAGUGACCUUCCAGUGUGCAGAGACUGGCAGUCCUGGAAAACCGGCUGGGCCGUGGGUUUUGGGGCCAGUGCGCAGCCCACCAGCUGCUUCUGCAGUCACUUUUGCCUCCAUCAUUGAGCAAGAGAAGCAACAGGAAGCGGCACUCAUGCGCAGUCGAGAGAAGCCUCUGGCACUUAUACAGAUUGAGGAGCGAGCAAUUCAGGACCUGCUGAUUCAUUAUAAAGCCUUGAACAACCCUGAUGAGUUUAUUGUGGUGGAGAGAUCUCCUCAAGGUCCUAUUGCUACCCCGACAUGGAACAAACAUUCAAACUAGCACAACUUUAACCUGUGUGUUGCAGUUAGAAUUAAUGUACCUAAACACUCUCAUUCAUUCUGUGUAACUGGAUCAAACUUUUUCCCCUUUCUGGUUUUAAUUAUGAGACAAUUUCUAAUGCUUUGAAAAUAUGUAACCUGCCGAAGUAGCUGUGGUAAAUGCUCCUUGUGUUGAGUAACUGGAUUUUGGAUCUGUUAUACGAUACACACCCUAUACAGUCUAUCACAACAGUGGCAAAAAGUUCUGCCCAAUAGUUCCCUGUUUAAAAAAGCAACUACUGUUAACCACAUCACUUGUUAAGUAAAAUGAUUUGAGAUAAGAGUAUUGACGAACUACAGUUCUUCUAAGUACAUGGUUUAAAUAUGCAGUUUUGUGCUCUUUGUGGAUUAAACUGGUGAUUUGAUUUGUUAAGACUAGCAGUUAGCAGACAUGGUCCCAUUCCUGAACAUACUUACAGCUUUAACUCCAAGGUGGAAUGUACAUGGUAAGGUGAAUGUUAACCGAAGCCUUUCUAGCGUUUAUGUUUAAGUUUUUGAAUGGAUUGUCAUGGGAAAAUAAAUUCAGUGUCAUGCAAUAAAUAUCUGCAGCAGAAGAA